CUUCCUUCAUUUCACGCGCAGAGAAAAACACGCGCACUCGCCAUUCGCGCACGCUCGAACCGGAGCGCUUCCUCAUCCUUUCUUUACUCACCCGUCAUCCAUCCUCGGGAUCGAAUCCGCUGCCGCGGGGAGUGCAACUUCGGCGCCGACGACAGGCAAAUGGCGAAGAGGAUCUUGAUUUCGACCGCCGCGGCGCUGCUGCUGGCGGCGGUCGCGCCGGGGCCGUGCUGGUGCUGGGCCGACGACGCCGGGCGGGGCGCUUGGCAGGACGGCACCGACUCCUGGCCCGAUUGGGAGGGAGGGCAUACAACUAAGCAAGACAAAGCAGAAGAUGUAGCUUACAAUAUCAUUGAUAGGGCUGGGGAUGCCGCUUCAAAGGCCAUCAGCACGAUGAAAUCUGCCGCAUCUGAUGCCUCCAAAUAUGCUUCUGACAAAGCCGGUGAGGCUGCCAAUUUGGCCUACGGAAAAGCUCGUGACGUAGGAAGUUUUGCUUCCGAGAAAGCUGACCAAGGUCUAAGAAUGGCAUCUGAUAGUGUUGGUGAUGCCAAAGAUUCAAUAGCGGAAGCAAUGGAGUAUGGCAAAGACAAAGCAGCUGGUACUUAUGGUGCAACUAAAGACUAUCUGCACAUGGCUACUGAUAUGGACUCGGAUAGAGCUAACGAUACAUCUGGAGCUGUGGGCCAUGGAAGAGAUAGAGCAUCUGAUCUUUAUGGUCAAGCAAAAGACAAACUGAAUACGGCCACUGACAUGGUUUCAGAUAGCGCCGAUGAUUUCAAAGAAGAAAUGCGAGGAGAAAUGGGGUAUGGCAGAGAGAGAGCUUCUGAUCUUUAUGGUGAAGCUAAGGAGAAGCUGAACAUGGCCACUGGUGUGGCUUCAGAUGGGGCUAGGGAUGCGAGAGAUAGAAUGACAGAUGCAAUGGGGUAUGGAAAAGACAAACUAGAGGACGGUUACAACGAGGCAAAGAACAUGGCUUCAGACAAGAUUGGUAAUGCCCAGGAGACUAUUGAAAGAGCUGUAGGAUAUGGAAAGCAGAAAGUAGCGAAUGCAUAUGACGAGGCAAAGCAUGGGGUCAACAGGGCAUCAUACAUGGCUUCGGAUAAAGCUGGUGAUGUGGGGGAUCAAGUGGCUGGUGCAAUGGGCUACGACAAAGAUGAAGCAAUCGAUGCAUAUGAUGAAGCUUUUAAGAAGGUCGGGGAGUCAUAUAAAGCAGCCAAGGAGACCAUGACACAUGAAGCCAAGUCUAAUUAUGAAGCAGCGAAGGAAAAGGCUUCAGAGGCAGCAGGUAAUCUUGGAUCAAAGAUGAGAUCAGACGGCUCGGAGCUGUAAGCCCAAUCAACUAUUGUGAUGUUAGUAACUUUCGGUCAUUUCACAGUUUUGAUGAUUAAACUAACUUGGUAGGACCUUUACCUCACCUUAUGGUAAGAUCUUGAGCCUCGUAUGAAAGGAUCUAGUCAAGAGAGUGAUGUAGAUUUACCGUUUCCUUACCACACUCUGGUUUGCCCUCAUCGUCUUAACACAGACGAGAAUAAUAAUACAUAGUGAUGUAGAUUUACCGUUUCAUUACCACACUUUGGUUAGCCCUCAUUGUCUGUAAAAAGACGAGAAUAAUAAUUCCCGAUUAUGAAUAUGUUGUUUGCUGAUGAUGCUUA